GAUCUUAAUGAGAACUAAAUAGAAAAUGAGGUCGUCAGCUACUAUACAAGUAUCAUUACGUCCAAGGAAACAUAAACAGUCAUCCAAAGCAGUCGAAGCGUUAAGCACGAGCUAAUGGCCUUCCUCAAUAUAUAAUAAAUCACCGCAGGUAGAGCCUUCCUAUGCGGCCCAAGAGAUCGGCCGGGGAUGGAGAGUGGGGCGCUCAUAUAAGACACCAAGCAAACGCCUCUCCCAGUGACCAGUCUCGACACGAAAACUCAUCAGCCGAGCUUCCUCGGCUCCCACACGACGACGCAGAGAAAGAGAGAAUAUAUUCCCCAGGCGUAAACCAGGAAUAUUUUGCCGACUAGGGAUUGACAUUUCGCGUUAGAUCUAUCGCCGUUUUCGCAGGAUGUCGCAGCAGAUCCUUCCGCUCGUCCUGGUGCUCCUGGCCGCGCAGGGCUCGCUUGGCCAGAAGCAGCAGCAGGAGGACCCGUGCCAGACGAAAUCGCGAGUGGUGGGCGACGCCGAGUACUGCGAUCGCUAUUGGGAGUGCGUGAAUGGUCGCCCGGAGCUGUUCGACUGUCCGAACGGCCUCGUGUUCGCCGGCAAGCACCGCGGCGUCACCGAGGGCUGCGAUUAUCCGUGGCGCGCGAACUACUGUGACGGCAAACGCCAGGCGAAUCCGCCGAUCCCGACCGAGCACUGCGACUGGCUGUACGGGAUCUUCGGCCACGAGACGUCCUGCACCAGGUACUGGACCUGCUGGAACGGCACCGCCACCGAGCAGCUCUGCAUAGGCGGUCUGCUCUACAACGAGCGGGCCAGGUCCUGCGACUGGCCUGAAAACGUCGAGGGAUGUCAGAAACAUCCGCUCUGCAACGACGACGCCAACGGUAACGUGCCGCUGGGCAAGUCGUGCAACCGUUACUGGCAGUGCCAGGGUGGUUACCCGCGGUUGCAGCGCUGUCCGGCCAUGCUGGUGUUCGACAGGCGGUCGUUGAGAUGCGUGGUGCCGCCGACGGAGGACUGCGACGUGCCCACGACACCGCCGCCUACCGAGGGCGAGCUGUCCGACGGUCGCAACGAGCAGGAGCCUGAAGAGGAGAACCUGCCGCCCGGCGUGCCGCCUCUGCCGUCGGGCGCUCUGCCGAUUCCCCUGCGGGCGCGUCCCAGAAACUAAAGCAGCAGCAAGGUCGUCCUGUCCCGGCCUUGGAAGGGCGAAGGAAGCGCCAGGAGAUCCUUUUUCAAUAAGCGAGAUCCCCGAAAAUCGUCAAUCGCCGCGGAGAACUCGAGCAGUUCUCUCUCGUCGAGUCUCCCCCAGGUUCUCGCGCGAUCUUGCAGUUUCGUAAUUUCAUAAUUCUAUAGAAUUUUUGUAGAGGAUCGAGAUUUUUAAAACUCUUAGAUUUUUUAACGUUCCGAAAUUAAUCCCCGAAUGUCGGACAAGUUGAAGUCCCGCGCGAUUCCGUAUUACUUCCUCAAGGAAAAGUUCCGUUCUUUCUCCUGGAUAAAAUUUUGAUUUUACCUUCGCCAUAUAAGGAUUUAAUUUUCAGAUACGAAUAUGAAAUUCAAAGUUGAGCAAAAGUGAGAGUAACAACUGCUUAUUAAUCACACAGUUCUCGGUUCUUCCUAAUUAAUGAGGAACGAAUUUAUUAUUUUAAUUAAUUCACGAAUAAAAAAUGCAUUCGUGAGAAACUUAUUAUUUCAAUGAAUUAAUUUAAGAUCUAAGAUAAAUCAACUUACAUAAAAAAUGGAAUAAAACUUUCUAGCUAUUUAAUAACAGAACAUAAAACAGAUGAUAAAAGUUCUCAAAGACACUUGAAUGUUUUUUUACAAAUCUCGAAAAAUUGUAAUAAAAUCAACCAAGCAUGAUCGAUCUCUUAAAAGUUUCAGGUAAUAUAAAAUAAAAGUCUCAUAAAAAUAUUAAAUAAAACCUAAAUUGCAAAUAAAAAUUAAUAUGGAAUAAAUUGCGACAAAUUCAGUGAAAUACUUUUUAUCAGAAUUGUUUUUCAAAAAACGGAAUUAGACUUAAUUAAAAAAAGGAGGAAAUUAUUUUUGAGGACCGAGACUUGUCGACAUUCAUCGAUCCGUCCAUGUCUGAGCGAUCGAGCUCUUUUCCCCCUUCAAUGGUGAUUCGUAUUAUUAAUUGAUAACAAUGUUAAUUAAUGAACAUCUCGUUUUUCGGUUCCCGAACCGU